AUGAAAAUUGCUGUCUUCAUCAUUACUUUACUUUGUACCUUUGUGAACAAGACAACACAGCAAACUUCAAUAAUAGCCUCCCCAACAACCACCGUAAUAUCAGCACCAACAACAGUCUCUCCAAGCGACGCCACAGCAGCCCCAACAACAGCCUCUUCAAGCAACGUCACGGUUGCUCCACCACCAAGCAACGUCACAUCAGCACCAACAACAGCCCCCGCAAGCAACGCCACAACAGCAGCCCCAGCAACAACCCUACCAACAGCAGCAGCCCCAACAACAGCCUCUUCAAGCAACGUCACGGUUGCUCCACCACCAAGCAACGUCACAGAAGCACCAACAACAGCCUCUUCAAGCGACGUCACAACAGCAGCCCCAACAACAGCCUCUUCAAGCAACGUCACGGUUGCUCCACCACCAAGCAACGUCACAUCAGCACCAACAACAGCCCCCGCAAGCAACGCCACAACAGCAGCCCCAGCAACAACCCUACCAACAGCAGCUCCACCAAACAAUGUCACUGCCUCUCCAGGCAAUGUGACAUCCGCUCCAACAACAAUCCUUAGCUAUGAUAAUGCCACAACAACUGCCCCGGUUACACUUGAGCCACCAAGUAAUGUUACAAAUGCCGCAACAAACAAUGUAAACUUAUCACCAACAACCAACGUUACAGCCACCCAAACAACUGCCCCUAGCUAUGGGUACUCUACGACUCCCUCUUUUGCUCUUGAACCACCAAACAAUUUAACUACUACAUCACCAAGUAACAUCAAAGCAGCUCCAACAACUGUCCCUAGCAAUGAGGACUCUACGACUCCCUCUUUUGCUUUUGAACCACCAAACAAUUUAACUAAUACAUCACCAAGUAACAUCAAAGCAGCUCCAACAACUGUCCUGAGCUAUGGGGACUCUACGACGCCCUCGGUCACUGUUGAACCACCAAACAAUUUCACGACUACACUUCCAGAUAAGGUCAAAAAGGAUCCAAAAACCGUCCCGAGAUUUGGUAAUGCGACGACUGUUCCGGUUACUGUGGAACCACCAAACAAUUUCACCAGUGCCCCACCAGGUAACGUUACAGCGGUUCCGACAACUGUCCCUCGCUAUGGGAACKCCACGACUGCCCCAGUMACCGUUGAACAACCAGACAAUUUCACMACUGCCCCUUCAAGUAACGUCAAAAAGUUUCCAAGAACUGUCCCUAGCUUUGAGAACGCCACGACUUCCCCGGUUACUAUUGAACCAGCAAACAAUUUCACCACUGYCCCACCAGGGAACGUCACAGCGGUUCCAACAACUGUCCCUCGCUAUGGGAACGCUACUACUGCCCCGGUUGCACCUGUAUUACCAAGCAAUUUCACAGYCUCUACGAUUACACAUGAACCGCAAGGUAAUUUCACAACUGCCUUCACAAGAUACGUCACAGCUGUGUGCAUAUGCAUGGAACGUCACGACAGUCCCUUGCACACUUGA